AUGGGACUGGAAGCGGUACCAUGUGUGCUUCGUAGUGCAGCCAAUGGUGGCAAUAGUUCAUCCUAUUGUACUAUUGGCUUUCUUAUUCGACCAUCAACCUCAUCAAACAAUAAUACUACCGGUCAAACGGUUUCAAAUGCGGCAAUUAGUAGCACAGCUUCAGUAGCGGUGCCAUCAGGUAGUGUUCCAAAAUCGUUGCAUGUAGUACCCGCAACCAUUCAAAAACAAUCGGCUACUAUUGCAACAGCUGCACCAAAACUCGUGGUUCCAAGCGUUCUACGAAUACAACCCACACCUUGUACCUCGGCUCAUUUGGCGCCACCGGCUCCUCCACAACCGGUGCACCAUCCUUCACCUCCAAAACCACCACCGCCCAUUCAGCAACAUCAUCUUCAACCGCAGCAGCAGCAGCAGCAACCGCAACAUUGUAGUACUGAUAGUUGGUUACAUGCGGCACCGCGCUCCAAUGUCAGUAGCGGUUCCUUCGAAUCACCAUCGCCUUCACAGGUUGUACCACAAAUGAACUUAAAUGAAUCAUACGAUUGUCAAAUGCCAUGUACAAGCAGCACACCGUUUUUUCCACCCAUAUCAUCUAUAACGCAAAGCUUUUCAUCCGGAAAAUCGGACAUCGAUUUGCUUCAAGAUAUGACACAUGUUGGUUUAAAUCCUCCAGUUAUGCGUCAACAACAGCAAUCACAACAUUUAACUGAUAAAACAGUAAUGAUAACUCCUAAUCAUUAUGCUCAGCAGCAUAAUGUUACGCCCCCUCCGGCACCACAGCAGCACCACUAUCACAAUACGGCUCCUCAAAUGAUGCAUAUGCAAAAUUCUUCCUCAUGUACUGUGCAAGCUAAUUACCAGACACAUAUACAGGUUGAAUUAAACGGUGGAAUGUCAUCUUGUCAGUAUCAGAACAAUUAUAACGUUGUGACGAACUGUUCUCCUACGGCAGAUAGUGGAAUCCAAAGUAUUGCUGACUCGCCACCAGCCGAUCCGUUCACUCCACCUACGCCAUACAUUCCUCCUCCUCCGAUAACUGCGACAACGAGUAAAAAUAAAGAACCGCAAUUAACAGUUAAUUCGACAACCUGUCCCGAUGAUUAUUCCGAUAUGCCACAUCUGAUACCUUUCCAUCAAAUGGAAAUGGAAAGUGGUUCGCCGUUAACGGAAGAAUCACCACCAUUUAUGACAAAAACACCACCACCCGACAGUAUUAUUAUGAAAACUGCUGAAGUGGAGAAUGCAUUAAUGAAAAAUGAAGGAAAACAUUUUGAGCAGAUUGAUGAAACUGUAGCUGUGUCUCAAGAAAAGACAAAGAAGGAAUCAGAUGAUGACAUUCCGAAAAUAGCAAUUACUCCAGCAAUGAAUGUUACAGAUUUGGUAGAACAACUAAUGUCGCAUAUGGAUCCGCAACAGCGCAAACAGUUUGCUAGUGCUAUCCAAUCGAAAGUUGCUAUUGAUGAUACUAUAGCAAUUGAUAGUGGUAAUACUGUUAUUACUACUACAACUGCUGCUAUUACUACUACUACUACUACUAUUACUACUACUACCACUAUUACUACUGCUACUACUGCUACUACUACUGGUACCACUGUUACGAGUAUUCCUGAUAAUGAUGCUAGUAAUGUUACAACUGCAACUGCCGAUAUUAUUUCUUCCGUUGCAAUUGCUACUGCGAACAUUUCCACUACUACUGUUAAUGCUGCGACUACUUAUGACGAUAAAUUAGUGGAACUGUUAUCCAAAGAACCAGAACAUGAAGUUGCAGUGCAAACCGAAUUUGUCGACACAUCAGAAGUACAGCCAUGUGAGGAUCGGAACGUCGAAAGUGAAGUUCCGGAGCUCAAAAAUGAGAUACUGAAAAGCAAGAAACGAAAGACUCGUAAACGCAAAAUGGAAGAUUGUAACGAGUCGGUUUCAGGAAAGCUAGCACGGAAAAUGAAACGAGGGGAAAUAGAAUGUAAAUCGAAUGAUACUGUUAUACGGUGUUCAAGCGUCGAUGAAUUGGCUUGUGGUGAAAAAAUAAAUGCAAAUAACUUGAAAAGACAAAUGCCUAUAUCAUCCAGAAGUUUGGAUGCUGAGAUUCAAGAAAGGAAGUGUAAAGGACGGAAGAAACAAGAAGAGAGGAAAAAGUAUGUAGCCGAAAAAAAGUUUCCCACUGGAAAAUUAGAAAAGAAAAGAGUGACUGGUGAGGGUGUUUAUAAAGGACGUCAAGAAUUUGCUUUAAGUGUUAAUGCUGCGAAAUCGAACGGAUGUUUAGAAUAUUCGGAUGAAAAUAUGGUGAAUGAAAUUAAAGAAUUUCAUUUGGAUAUGAGGCGGAAAGUAAAUGAGCAGCUGAAAAUCGUCAUUGAACAAAUCGGCAGGCAAUUUACCAAUCUGGAACUGAAUUUAGGUGAUCGGCAGCAUUGGGAUUUACCCUGGUAUCAUUUGAAUUGGAAGGAAGUCACUCGAAGGUUGAUUGAAAGAAAUCGACUCGAAAAAUCAAAACAAGAGAAAAAUGGUUCAAAAACGUGCCGAAUUGGAGAUAGAAAAUUACAAAAAUCAAGAAAGAAUGAUUCUUUUGUUGCAAGUGCUACACCAUCAUCGUCAAAAAUGUGUGAAAAAAGUCGUCGUUCACCUGGUGAUUACAUUAAAUUAAAACAAAAUGUGAUCGUUGAUGUUUAUCCAAAAAUCGAGCAGAUGCAAUGCUCUUGUUCCUCCGGAUGUUGCGGUGAAAGUGAUGAAUGUUUGAAUCGAGUAGUAUUGAUGGAAUGUGGCAGUAGCUGUCCACGAAAUGCUCUCUGCACUAAUAAACGAUUGUUUCGGCGUGAAUGUGUUGAACGUUUGCGAACUUUCCAAACGAUGAAUGGCUGUGGUAUUGGUGUGAAAACAGAUGUUAAUAUUGAUAAAGGACAAUUCAUAUGUGAAUAUAUCGGUGAGGUUGUUUCAAUGGAAACAUUUAAUACUCGAAGUCGUACUAAUUAUCGUUAUCAACGAAAUCAUUACGCAUUAAACCUCUGUCCAGGUUUUGUCGUCGAUGCUUAUCGUAAAGGAAAUAUUGCACGAUUCAUUAAUCAUUCCUGUGCUCCAAACUGCGAGAUGCAGCGUUGGUCUGUUAACGGCCAUUACCGAAUUGGCUUAUUUGCUCUACGUAAAAUUUAUGAAGGUGAAGAGCUUACAUACGAUUACAAUUGGGAUGCAUUUGAAUUUGAUGAUGUAACGAUAUGUUGUUGUGGUGCACUGAAUUGUCGACAUUUCCUUAAUAAAAAUGUUAUUAUGAAUAAUCGGGAAAAGGAAUUAGCGCGUAACACGCGUUUACUUCUGCUGCGAAAUGUACAAAAGUCGGCGGCAUGUAAAUUGAAGAAAUUUAGAAAGGGAUCUCGAUCUCAAAGCCAAAGUAGAACAUCGAAAAUGUCUUUGGCAAAUCCUUCAGCAAGUAACGGAGAUGUGCAUUUAGAGCAGCUGUGUCAAGAAGUAGUCAUGAAGUUUAAUGAUUCUAAAGUAGCUUCCAAAAAACAAUUCAAAAAACUAUCAAACUUCGUCACUGAACUUCGUGAGCAGCACACUUCCACACAGACAAUCUUGGAAAUUCUGGAAUCCAUCGAACUGAAAGUUAAUAGUUUGCUUGGUAAAUCUGACAGACCUCUAGAUCGGCGGAAGCUAGAUAUUUGGCGUACAAGUUUUGCUUCGAUAAAAGCAAAGCACUCGCGUCAAACGAGAAAAUAUGAUAAAAGUGAUUGUCAACAGCAUCAUCAGAGCCGAAGAAAAUCGAAAACUGGACCUCAUCGGACUUUGGCAGCAGCAAUUAAUUACCAAUACCUUGAUUCUCCUGUAUGGUUUGCUCAUAUUCCGGUUGGCUCAUACGAUAAUGAUGAUUUUUCGUAUCUUAGUAUAGCUGAUGCUAAUACGGAUUGUGUGCGCUGCAUAUGUGGUACUACGGAUGAUGAUGGACCUAUGAUACAGUGCGAAAAGUGUAAUUUUUGGCUUCACGAAGAAUGUGUUUUCGAUGAGAAACCAUUUGAUGAAGUUAAAGAUUUUAUUUGUAUCAUUUGCGUUCGAAAUGCUCAACGCACGUCGACUGCAUCAAUUCCGCUGCGUAUUCAGCCCGACUACAAUUUUAAGAACUGUACUUAUUAUCGAACAUUGGUAAAUUCACGGCAUUUGCAAGUACGUCUCAGCGAAACGGUAUAUGUGCAAAAACUUGAAAACGAUAAUCAUAAAUUGAUACUACGACGAUUAGUGGAAUGCACAAAACAUAGUAGUCCAGUAACAAAUAUAAUUCCUGCUGAAUUAGAAGAGACUGAUAAAGAGUUUUGCCCAGUAUCAUUUCAUCGUAAGGAUGUUAGAUGCUUCCGUAUCGAACGUCUUUUUUCAUUCGAAGGGUAUAAAUUCGUUUUCGGUUUCUAUUACGCACGGCCACAUGAAGUCUAUUGUGAACCAGGCAAAUUAUUCCAUGAGAAAGAGCUUUUUGCAACCAGUAUGUAUGAUACACUUCCACUUGAUGCCGUUGUUGGACGUUGUUUAGCUUUGGAAUCAAGUAUAUAUUGUCUUGGAAGACCAAAACUGCCUCAUUAUGAAGAAGCGGAUGUAUACUUUGUGGAAUACCAAACGGGGAAAAAUUCGAAAUUCGAAAAAAUUCCUCCGAAAAACCAAUAUUACAUCAAUACCGAUCCACUCAUUUUUUCACCUUUCAAACAGAAGUUGACCAUUUCUAGAACAUUUACGCCUUUUGUAAUGGAACAGGAUAUGAAAAAUUUUUCCCGUUCUAAUGCUUCCGAUCAUAAUAACUGUAUAAUCGAAAGAAGACGACAACAAAUGGCUAAUUUAGAAAUAGUUCUGCAACAUUUGCCAAUAACGGGCAAAAGAAGAGAACCACUUAAAGCUAUAAGCUGUUCAUCUGAUAAGUUAUCAAAGCAGAAACGACUACGCCAGAUUCGUCACUGA